CGGCGGCCCGCGGGGAUGCUGCGCUACACCUCGGGGCUCACGGUCACCGCCACCACCCCCCGGAGGCCGUCCGGCGACGGCGGCCGCGCCCGGCGGAAGAUGAAUGUCUGUAGGUUACGCUUAACAGUACCACCUGAUGAAGGCUCACAGCCUGAACAGAGAGCAAAGGAACCUGAAAGAAAGAAAAACGAGCUCUACCAUGUACCAAAUGGUAUGUCUCCAGGGAAGCUCUCUCAUGGGAUGGUGUAUGGUGUCGUGCACCGAACUGACAACAACCAUAAGAGAGAAAUGGUGGUUUAUGGCUGGUCAGCUGAUCAGCUGAAAGAGGAGAUGAAUUACAUUAAAGAAGUGAGAGCAACUCUGGAAAAAGUAAGAAAGAAAAUGUAUGGUGAAUAUGAUGAAAUGAAACGAAAAAUACAGCAGCUUACGAAUGAACUGAAAGUGACAAAUGCUCAUCAGGAAUCCUUAGAGAAUCAUGUGCGAGUGCAGGCUGCAGCCUUAGAUAGCUUUAGUGAAAUGAACAGCUCCUUGACAUCAGCAUCAAUAGACUUGCAGAAAACUCUAGUGGACGUUACAUUGGAGAACACUGAUAUAAGGGAACAAAUACGGAAUUUAAAACAUACACAUGAGCAAUCUAUGGAAAAGCUGAGAGAGAAGCAAAAGCAACUGGAAACAGCACAAAUUGAAAAUCAGUUACUGAAAUUAAAGGUGGAAUCGUCGCAGGAAGCCAAUGCUGAAGUCAUGAGAGAGAUGACAAGAAAACUGUAUAGUCAGUAUGAGGAAAAAAUGCGAGAAGAGGAGCAGAAGCAUAAAGCUGAGAAAGAAAUCCUCCUAGAGGAAACAAAUCGGCUACUGAAGGCUAUUGAAGAGGCAAAUAAGAAGAUGCAGAUUACAGAAACAAGCAUACAGGAAAAAGACCAGAGAAUUGGUGAGCUGGACCGGCUGAUUGAACGCAUGGAAGAGGAACGUCACCAGUUGCAAAAACAACUUGAACUAAAUGAAAUGCAAAUAUCUGGAGCAAAAUCUGAAAACAACUCUGACAGUGAAAGGUCACAGCAUUUGGAGGAGGUAGCAGCUAGCCUAAGAGAGCGAAUCAAACAUCUGGAUGAUAUGGUCCACUGCCAACAGAAGAAAGUCAAGCACAUGGUUGAGGAGAUUGAAAUGCUAAGGAAGAAAGUAAAAGAAAAGGAAUUAUUUAUAAUACAGCUUUUAGAAAAAAUCUCUUUCUUAGAAUGUGAGAAUAAAGAAUUACAAGAUAAAUUGGACUACUUAAUGGAAAACCAACCAAAGACCAAUAUAGAAACCAGAGAUGCUGGUGUAGGAUGUGAUCUUCCGUACAGUACAAGUACCGAGAACAGAAGAUCUCCUGAAAGUGCAAGGCCGGUGAGGACAUACACCCCAUUCAAGAGAGUGUUGGAAUUUAGCACAAAGAACAGUACAUCUUGAGCAUUCAAGUCAACCUGCUUUCUAAAUAUGAGCAAACAUCUUGCACCUUUGCAGCUUGAUUAGAUAAAUUUUUAUCAAGUCAUAGAGAAGAACAGCAGCAUGGAGUCUUGCUACAUUUAUUCUGAAAGCAGCUUUUUAGUAACUUCGUAUCUGAAGUUACUGCUGAUAUUAACUGUGAGGGGGAUAUGGAAGAAGCGGGAUGAGUGAAACAGCAGUCAAUAUUGCUUCUUUAGAAGCUGUCUAGUGCAAUGUGUCAUUUCAAAUGCCUGUAGGGAAGGAGUUGUAUAGCUGUACAGGUUUUUGUCUUCAAUUGUGUUGUAAUUCUGUUUGUGUAAUGAAGCUCUAAUAUAUUUUAUUUUCAAUACUACUAGAAGCAGUAUCUGAAGCUAUGCUGGCAGAGGACGUUUAGUCUGAAAGCUCCCCCUUUGUCUGUGUACAAAGUGUGAGGGCUGUUCACGCCUGUCGUAGAGACCUGGUAUAGUUGAGGGCUCUGUUCACCUGGAAGAAGUUCACUUGUAACCAGCACUCUUUUGCUGGGAGGGAGAGAUGCAACUGGGCUGUUUCAAACAAUUCCCUCAAUGCAUGCAGAUGGAUGUCAUGUUUGUUGCUCAAAACAGUAAGCAACAGAGCAGAUUAUAAUGGAUUUUGCUUUGUUGGACUGAGGCACUGUUUUGCACUUCCUUAGUCAUGGGAUAGAGUGACUGUUAGUGAUACAUUCAAUAGUAAUUGUGUAGGAAAAUCCCUGUCACUUCUUUUAUUUACUUUUCCAUUAGAGGAAGGAAUUUCAUUAAACAGAAUUUUGCUUACAGCAACCUGCAGCAGUCCAUGCAAUUCCUACAGCAAUAGCAAUCCUGAAUCAGGAUUAUGAUUUUUUUGAGAACUCUUUUUUUUUUUUUUCUUUCUCCAAAGCACUUAAAAUCUUAUCUUUGACUUCAAAGUACCAGCAGGAAUGACUGCAUCUAGUACUGAACUUAUUUAAAUACAUAUAGGGUAUUUUUUUUACUUCUUGUUUUGAUCUCCCAGUUUUAGUGAACUAGAAUGAAUUAUGAAUAUUUUCUUGUAGUUCUGUUAACGUGAAUGAAGGGCAUUUUUUUUAUUACAGUAUUUGUAUGAUUAGUAUUGUUCUUGCAUUGAAUGUCAAUCCCAGGAGGUACUCACCUUGCCACAGUGCUUCACAAAGUGAUUGCUUUUAUCUCCAGUCUAAUGCAAGUUCUUGAAUUCAGUACUGUCUGUUCAAAUUAAGUAUAGUCAGUAGAGUUGUAUUUAAAAUAAUAAUAUUGACCUCAUAAUCCAAAUCUUAUUCCUGCAUUAUUUCAUGGGUUUCUGAAUUUGUUAGAGAACUUUGUUUAUUCUGUAGCUGUGCUGUUUAACUACUAAAUAAAGAAGCCUGUAUUAGAGGAGAGAUUGAAGGAUGUUUUGAUGUGGUACAGGUAUCUUGCAGGAACGUGAAUUGCUUGAUAUAAUCAAGGCAUAGGCAGAAUAAAAUGGGAAGCUCAAACUUCUCCAGCUUUGUGCUGAGAUCAUCCUCUGCAGGUAAGCUAUUUUAUUCCUCACAACCUUUUCAACUCCUGAGAACUUAAAAUGGUCAUUCUUUCUAAAAAGUCAAACACAGUAUUAUGGAUUGUAUUAUGCACAAAAUUCAAGAAAUAGUUGCAAUCAAAGCCAUUAACAAAAAGGUAAAUUAUGUACUGUGUGAAGGAAGCCUGUAAUCUUCACUGGUAUAGAAGUCACAAACAUUAACAGCUGCUCAAUGUUUCUUUUAAAAAGAAUAAUUGAAGAAUACAUUGUUAGUUUUAAUAGCUCUAAAAGGAAACUGUUUACUUUGCAUGUGAUGAAGGAGUGCAAAAGAUCUCAUAGAUAUCAAAAGGGCAAAGAAAACCAUCCAGCUGUCACAUGAGUAAACAGGCAUAAUACCACACAUUUGCUUAAAUAGCUUCUCCCAGAGAAGAGGUGCAAAACCUUUAGAGUGGGAAAGGGCUUGAGGAGAAGGUCCCUGACAAUAGUCUGCUCCCUAUAAAAACAGUCCUCAGACAAAGCACCUUCUCAUUAUGCAAAGCAGGGGAAUUGUUUUGUACCUGAAUACGAAAGACAUGGGAACAGCUGACACACAGAGAGGCUGUAGUCUAAACCAUGCAUAGCGUAUUUUCGAUUGAAGUUUUGAUGCUUGAGUGAAUUUGGGAGACUGAGUUUGCUGAACAAAGUUCCCAAAUAACAGUUAAUUUGAUUAAUAACUAAAUUAGUUUUGGUUAUGAACAACUAAGAUCAUUAAGUGAAUCUCUAAAUGAGAAAACAUUUAAAUUGGAAGUGUAUGUUGAUGAACCCAAAAGAUGACCCAACUCCAAUUUCGGGGAUAAGCUUUGUACUUGUGUAAUCAUAUCUCCCUCUAGUGGCUGAUAACAGCAAAUAUUUGGACAGUAUCUGGUUUUGAAGAAAAAGACACUAAAAACAAAUCCCAACUGGCCAUAUUAAUGUGGGAUACAGCUUUAGUUCAUCACAUAAUGCUUUUUUAGCAUUUUUUGUGCCCAAAUAUUCCCUCUAUAUUUCAGGAAUUUAAUUCUGAACUAUGGUUUGUGAAAGUUACCUUCAAACUUCAGACGAAUGGAUGAAGGUGGUAUUUACAGAUAAAAGGAAAUGCAUGUUAUUGUAAAAGACAUUAACUAACAAGUUUAAAUAAGUAAAAAUACUUUAUCCCUCUGGUUUUGGCCAGAAUUCAGCAAACAGAACCUGAUGACUGUGAGGUGCUCAGUGAAUGGUAGGAGAGGGCAAGAUUAAGUAUCAAAAUGUUGUUUUGACACAGACUUCAAAAGGAAGUUCAUUCUACUUUUAAUAUAUUCCUGAGGAUCUCCUCUGAAAAUACUGCAAGCUAUUUUAACUCCGAGACUUGCAAAAUUAUGAUUAUCUGCUCAAGACUUUAGGAAUACUGCAGCAAGGUGUUGAAUUUUUACUGUAAGUUUGCUGUGUAAAUUCUGUCUUGACUAUCGGAUGAAGUAUGUUUUUUUUUUUUUUUUUUUUUUUCUCUAAACCAAGUAAGGAUUGACGUCUAUGCUGUAUUUUAAGAGUAUUUUGACAUGCAAUGAGCUGGAUGACCAUCAUUUGAUUGGACUACUUACUACUUGUCUAAAUUUGGUAACUGUGAAGAACAGGAGAGGAACGGUAUUUAUAUAAAUGCGUUACAUGAAAAUGUAGAGCUUUCCAGUCAAAUCAACAGCAAUGUAAAUUAGCAUAGAUAACAACAAAUCUGACUGAAAAGACUGUAACACUUCAGUAUAAAUUUUGUCAAUUUGAGAUUGGGUUAAUUAGUACUGUAACAUUAGAAACUAGAAAAAUUUCUGUAAACAUCAAUAAAAGCCAUAUAGAUACGUCCCAGAAAGAGCAUUAAAGUCAAUUGUAUGACUACGUUUGUACCAUGAUAAGUAUUCUUUUGUGAUUUAUUCCAGAUACUCUGGAAAGUAUUUUGGGAUACAGUUUUCAUAUAUGCUCUAUAAAUAAUGCAGUUAUGUUGUAUGCUUUUAAUACACCCUGUGUAUUGGAUAAAUUGCAAUAAAUAUUGUAUUUAAACUUUCUA